AUGCCGAUGAAAGGCGNUUAUCUAAACUACUUUCUACUAGGAAACAAGCCAACGACACCGAAAGUUGUGCAACCGGUGGCAAAGCCGACCGUCAAGGUAGUUCCUGCUGUUCCAAAGAACGUAGUCAAGGGCUUCGACGUGAGUGCUACAGAGACCUCGCGAUCGCAGAGUCCCUGCUCGGACCGUAGCUCACCGGAUUCUGCCUUCAAAGACUUUGCGAACCGCAAAAGAUUGGCACCAGCUGUACUUACAAAAUCGGUGUCCCCCAGAAGCCAAUCGCCUUCGUCGUUCGAAGAUUCGGAACCUCGCGCCAAAACACAAGAAGAAAAACGCGACGCCUUGGCUAUCUACAAAAGCAAACGAGGUGGCUGUAAAGAACAGCUGCAUCUGAUUGUGGUCGGUCACGUGGAUGCUGGCAAGAGCACACUGAUGGGCAGGCUACUGUGCGACCUUGGCCAGGUACCAGCGAAACUGAUACACAAGUACCAGCAGGAGAGUAAAAAGAUUGGGAAACAGUCGUUUGCUUACGCCUGGGUACUAGAUGAGACUGGCGAGGAGAGGGAGCGUGGUAUCACAAUGGACGUUGGACAGUCGAAAUUUGAAACGAAAACGAAAGCUAUCACGCUUCUCGAUGCUCCUGGUCACAAGGACUUUAUUCCUAACAUGAUUACUGGUGCUACUCAAGCGGAUGUAGCUUUGCUCGUGGUUGAUGCGACGAGAGGAGAGUUCGAAACUGGAUUUGACAGUGGUGGUCAAACUCGGGAACACGCUUUGUUAUUGCGAUCUUUAGGCGUUUCACAAAUAACCGUAGUUAUAAAUAAAUUGGAUACAGUAGAUUGGUCAAAGGAUAGGUAUAACGAAAUCGUCAACAAAAUCGGUGUUUUCCUUAAGCAAGCCGGCUUCCGCGAUGCUGUCACAUAUGUCCCGUGUAGUGGGCUUUCAGGAGAAAAUGUAGUUACCAAACCAACAGAGGCAGGUCUUUGUAGCUGGUAUACCGGCUCCACACUUGUUGAAGUUAUUGAUAACUUCAAAUGUCCAGAACGACCCAUAGACAAGCCAUUUAGAUUUUCAGUCAAUGAUAUAUUUAAAAACACAGGAUCUGGUUUCAGCGUUUCUGGACACAUGGAAACCGGUAUGGUAUCAGUUGGUGAUAAAGUUGUCGUUUUGCCUCGCAACGAACCUGCCGUAGUGAAAGGUAUCCAAGCAGACGAAAAUUAUACAACACACGCGUUUGCUGGUGACCAAGUCUCAUUUACUCUGUCAGGAAUCGAUCAGCAAAAUUUAGCCAUUGGUGACAUCAUUUGUAGCCCUCACAAUCCCGUGCCUGUAUCAAAUCGAUUUCAAGCGCACGUUGUCAUAUUCAAUGUAAAAGUGCCUUUAACCAACGGCAUGCCUGUACUGUUGCACCAACAAUCUCUUGUUGAACCAGCAAUAAUCACUAAACUUGUCGCUCAAUUGCAUCGCAGUACCGGUGAAGUAAUAAAAAAGAAACCAAGGUGUCUCCUAAAAAACACAAGUGCUAUCAUCGAAAUUACCACGCAAAGUCCAAUCUGCGUUGAAUUACACAAGGACGUUAAACAGCUGGGCAGAGUCACGUUGAGAAUUGAUGGAGCAACGAUCGCGGCUGGACUUGUAACGAAGAUCAAAUAGACUGUCAAACGUUAUAAAUACUAGCUAGAGUACCAUUUUCUGAAUUGUAAUGAAACAACGUAAAAUUUUUUAAAAUAAAUAAUUUU